AUUAUGUUUGUUGCUUAAAGCUCGUCCAGCUCUUCCUCUCUUAUCCUCUCUCUAACAUUAAUUCUCUAGGGAGGGAAUUCCAGGCACCCAAAAGAGACGCGAGGAAUCAAAAAAGGGUCUCUCUCUCUCUCUCUCUGCCCCUCUCUCAAUACAGACUCUUCUAGUAAAUAUUCAAUCUUUUCUCAUAGAAAAUAAAGAGGGGGAAAGAAAAGCCAUUGGAGAAAUUCCCACAUAUUUUCAUGCCAUAAUGGAAGGAGGUGAUGAUCAGUUCCACCAUCAGCACCAUCACCAGCAUCACCACCGCCCAACCUUCCCAUUCCAAUUGCUGGAAAAGAAAGAAGACGAGCCUUGCUCUUCCUCUUCUCCUUACCCUUCUCUUCCCAUCUCCACUACCGAACCUAACAGCAACAGCAACAGUACGAACACAAAUCACUCUACCUCGAAUCUCCAAAUUGAGGUUGCUGAACCAUCAAAGAAACCCCCUCCAAAACGAACAUCAACAAAAGACAGACACACGAAGGUGGAUGGACGUGGUCGUAGAAUUCGCAUGCCAGCUCUCUGCGCUGCUAGGGUUUUUCAGCUCACUCGAGAGCUUGGCCACAAAUCAGAUGGUGAAACCAUCGAGUGGUUACUUCAACAAGCUGAACCAGCAGUGAUCGCUGCCACAGGCACGGGCACAAUCCCUGCUAAUUUCACUUCACUCAACAUAUCCUUGCGUAGCUCUGGUUCAAGUAUGUCAAUUCCUUCUCACCUAAGAUCAGGGAGUUUCAAUCCAAACUUUUCACUGCAGCAACGUAGUCGGAGUUUGUUCCCCGGAAUUGGGCUAGAAACCUCACAACCACCGACAUUCCUAAGUUUCCAAUCUAGUAACAAUCUGAAUGCAGUGCUGCAAGCGAAGCAAGAAUUGCGAGACAAUUCUUCACUGGAAUUAUCAACGGAGACGGAAGAGAGUUUAAGCAGGAAACGAAGGUCCGAGCAAGAUUUAUCACCAUCGCAACAGCAUCAGAUGGGGAAUUACUUGUUACAAUCCAGUGCAGGGGCAAUCCCAGCUAGUCAUGGUCAAAUUCCAGCAAAUUUUUGGAUGCUGGCUAAUUCCAAUAACAAUCAAGUCAUGAGCGGAGACCCUAUAUGGACAUUUCCUUCUGUCAACAACAGUAGUGUGUACAGAGGCAGCAUGUCAAGUGGGUUGCAUUUUAUGAAUUUUCCUGCUCCUGUUACCUUAUUGCCUAGCCAGCAACUGGGGUCUACUAGCAUUGGUGGUGCCAGUGGUGGUAAUAGUGGGAUAAGUGAAGGGCAUUUGAACAUGCUAGCUGGAUUGAAUCCCUACCGACCUUCAGGUCUAUCAGAAUCACAGGCGAGUGGGUCUCACUCACAUCAUGGUGGCGGUGGUGGAGGAAGCGAUGAUCGGCAUGAUACAACGAGUCAUCACUCAUAGAGAUGGAGCAAGCAAAGCAAGAGCAUCAUCAUGAUCAUCAUCCCUCCACUUGUGUAGUUUUUAUGUGUAACACACGUGAGGUUUGAUUGUUCUUGAAAUACUGGAGUUUUGUUUUCCUUUUCUUUUGCGUUUCUUUUCCCUAAUUAUUAUUCCAUAUUUUUUUUGAGUGAUUAAAAUGGGGUUUUAGCUAGGGUUUGAAGGAAAGACGGUACUAUUUUAACAGGUGUUGGGUGGUUUUGAUAAAGAACCUCAUUUGGGUUUUUCAUUUCA